AUGGAUGACUAUGGAGAUCAGCUCACCGACUAUGUUCUAGACAUGGAAAAAGGUUCUGUUGAAAAGGGCAAGGGAAAACUCUUGGGUGGUGAAGACACAGGAUCUUCACAGGCUGCUACAGAAGUUUCCUUGAACUCCCUGCUGCUAUCCUAUGAACUGCAUGGUUCUUCUGAGGACAAGACCCAUCAGGAUGAAGCACCAAACAUCUCUUUGAUCACUCAACGAGGUUAUUCUGAACGCUCAGGUAGAGAGGAUCCAGCUCACAUCGGAACUGCAAUGAUUGAUUGGGGACCAAAGCCAAAAGAUGUAGCAGGUGUUACGGCUGAUUCUAAUUAA